CAACGCUGAAGACUGUCUGUGCAUUUGUUGUGUCUUGACUGUUUCUAGGUGUAGAAUUCUAUGGGUGCAGCUGAUGCAUGACGUUUGUCCAGGUGCACCAACUGUUCAAAGUCCACGUGCAAAUCAACGAGAAAGACAGGGAGCGCUUUCUGUUUAUUAACUGAUAACUCAGUAAAUCUUUUUAUCUGGACAACAGCGAGGGAAAAGUUUGCCAAAAAUGUCUUUCUGAUAGUUCAUUCACAACAAUUUGGAACAUUGCAUCCACCAGGAGAGACUGACAGUUGGGAAAGAGUGGUCACAGUUCAGGGGUGAGGUAGGUUCAGGAAAGGCAAGGACUUACACCUGUCCUUAGGGUUUUCUAUACCAUCCGGUGGAGCUGAAGUAAAAGCCAGAUCAGGUUGCUCCUGUGUCCUGGUUACAUCUCCUCCACUGGUUCAGCUGUUUUACCAGCUUAGAGUUUCACUCUUAUCAGCUGGCUCACAUGUCCGGCCUCUGACUCCGUCCUGGCUCCCAGAGGUCUUCUUCACUGGGACAAAGCAACAAACAGAUUGAGGACAACUUUAUCUGUGGCAACAAUCUUAUCAGAGCCACUGACGGGGCGGAAACUCUCCUGAUGAGAAAAAUGUGACUCGGGGGCCGUGCGGGGCUUCUGACUCUGCCAAAUACCUCAGCUGUCACUAGAUAGAUAUGCUCAGACACCAUCUGUUUGUAGCUGCGUGUCUUUCCUCAUGACUAAUCUGUCAGUCAGCCUGGCGGAGUGGGGAGAAGAAAUUAAUGUCUUUGCCCAACUCAGAGAAUGCCUCCACCCUGGAGAACGCCAUGCAGCUAUUGAUCCAGACCUUCCACAAGUACUCUGGAAACGAGGGGGACAAAUAUACACUGAGCAGGGCUGAGCUCAAAGAGAUGCUCACCACAGAGCUUGGCAACUACCUGGGGAAUGCCCAGGAUAAGGAGGCAGUGGAUAAGGUCAUGGGAGACCUGGAUUCCAACAACGACGGGGAGGUUGACUUCACCGAGUUCAUCAUACUGGUCGGAGCCCUCACUGUAGCCUGCAACGACUUCUUCCUGGAGUUCAAUGAAAAGUCCGAGACGAAGUGAACACACUCGGCACAAAGACGCCCACUCUGCAAGCCCACAAGGUCCAGGGAGGAAACCGCUUAGACAUGGGUGAAGGACAUCCUGUCAUGGACUUCACAUGCGCACACGCACGCACACACACACACACACACACACACACACACACACACACACACACACACACACACACACACACACGUAUGCAUUCGUCUGCCACAUCCCAUCAAUCCAUUAAAACUGUGUUUAUUGCAACGUGAAAAUCUGGAGAGUUCAAGUUAGUUUCAGCAGCCGUCAUUGUUGAACAUGUGAAUAAAUCUCUCUUUCUUUUUCUCUUUAUGUAUUUGUAGCUCAUGCAGACAAAGACAUUCCCCCCUUGGAAAAAAUAAAUGUGACCUUUACUUAAACAACA